AGAAAAUAUUGCGCUCCUUCACAUAACUUAAAAUGGCGUGUCCAGAAUUUGGGAAGAUUUAGCCCCAGGAAUAGUUUCCACGUACCGCCGACAAAACAGCUGUUACGUUUGUUAAUGUGUACCUGGGGAUCAUUGUCUGGCGGGAACUGGCAGACGACAACAUCAGACGGACUGUGACGUAUAAACACAGUGAUUUUAAUGAGCUGCGUUGAGUGUAAAGUAUUCUCGGAACUGUGGAAGGUCACUGUCAUUUAGAGUGAAGAGAGAAAAAAAAUGAAAGACCUGGUGUGACAUCAUGAGCAAAAAGAAGUACUCUAUGAAUGGGCAGCUGGAACCGACGGACGCUAAACGGAUUCCAGAUAAUGACCAAACUAACGGUCCGAAACAACCCCAGACCAAGGAAGAAGUCGCUCUGGUAGAGUUCAAACGACGAGUACAAGAUCUAGUGAAACCUAGCCAUGACGACUUUUACCUACGAAGAUGGUUGAAAGCUCGGUGUUUUGACGUAGACAAAGCCGAGCAAAUGUUUAGAGCAAGCAUGGCUUUCCGGGAGAAGAUGAAGGUAGAUACUAUACUAGAGGACUACAAACAACCCGAGGUGCUACAGAAAUACCUGACAGGUGGGUUCUGUGGGCAUGCGCGGGACGGUAGUCCUGUACGAGUGGAGCCCUACGGUCGUCUGGACAUAAAGGGUCUGAUGUGUUCCGUAAGAAAAUCGGACUUGGAAAAAGCCAAGAUUCAGCAAUGUGAAUGGACGGUUCUAGACUGGCAGAAGGAGAGCCAAAAGCGCGGACAGCGGGUGGACGGGCUGACGGUGGUGUUCGAUAUGGCGGGAGUCGGCACCAGUAUGCUCUGGCGACCAGGUCUGAAAAUGUACCUUCACUUAGUCAAAAUCUUGGAGGACAACUAUCCAGAGAUGAUGCGCUAUCUUCUCAUUAUCAACGCUCCGAAGAUCUUCCCGCUUCUGUACAAAAUCUGCCGGCCACUGAUCAGCGAGGACAUGAAGAAAAAGAUUCACGUCAUAGGUGGUGAUUACACGGAGUACCUGUUGAAGUUUAUCGACCCCUCAAACCUACCUGCCUGUUACGGGGGCUCACUGAGGGAUCCAGACGGUGACCCUACCUGUAAAACAAUGAUUUGUUAUGGCGGCGAGGUUCCAGAAAAAUAUUUCCUACAGAACGCGGACUUUCAGGAACAGAUGCAGUCUGCCACCGUACCAAGGGGAGACAAACUCUCCAUCGACCAGCAGGUGGACAAAGUCGGCAGUAUACUCAAGUGGGAGUUUAAGACCGAGGACCACGACAUCGGGUUCGGGGUGUUCUACAAGAGCCCCAAGGGCAGUGUUCCGGUCGUGGAGACAUCACGUGUCAACAGUCACGUGGUCGCCGAGGAUGGGAGCUACAUCUGUGAUAAAACAGGGACAUAUACACUGGUCUUUGACAAUUCGUUCAGCUGGACCAGGAGUAAGACUAUUUACUAUAACGCCGAGGUUCUGUGUGAGGACGAGGCUCUGAUCACCACGGAGAUCAACAGUCUGAUCGAACAGGGAGACUGGGAAACCCUCUCCCGGAAGUUCGAAACCACGCACUUAUAACCGGCCUCUUGAACUACAACCGAUUUCUUUAAAUUCAGGCAGUUAAAGCUGUCCCCCGAAACCACAGCGAAUUACUUAAAAUCUCUGGAAUUACAGGCGAUUAAAAAAAUCCAGGUUCUUUAUAACCACCCCUGGAGAACCGGUCCGGAAGAGUUAAAGAUUCAAAACCACGCCCGAAAUGAAUCAAUCUGUUUCACAAUAGACGGUCCUCAAAACCGCUAUGUUAAAAAAGCCACUCGCUGCACGCUUCCCUUAUUAAUGCCUGCUCAUACUUAUUUGUAAUGGUUAAGAAAAGAUAACUCCUUCUUUUUGGUUAUGAGGAAGGUUGCACCUUUAUAAGUAUAUCAUGGACUUUGAGGGACAAAAUUUUCUGUACAGUAUUAUUUCUAUUUUUCCAUCAUCGUCUUUUCCUUGACACACGGUAUAAGCUAUUAUUUGAAUGGAAUCACCAUCAAGCUGGUGUUAUUAGCCUUUGUUGACAGUACAUGUAUGUCCUACUUGCACAUUGCUUUGCUGUAAAACAGACGAUUUCUUAUCCAUCUCCACGUUUACUUCCCACUUUCAUAUAAUGAAUCAGUUCUCUGUUUAUGAAUAGAAACUUAUCAAUGCAUUCUAUUUCUGCAUAUCUGUACAUGAUAUAUGGAGUAUUUCUAUAUAUCUGUACAUGAUAUAUGGAGUAUUUCUAUAUAUCUGUACAUGAUAUAUGGAGUAUUUCUAUAUAUCUGUACAUGAUAUAUGGAGUAUUUCUAUAUAUCUGUACAUGAUAUAUGGAGUAUUUCUAUAUAUCUGUACAUGUUAAAUGGAAUAUUUCUCUAUAUGUGUACAUGUAAAAUGGAAUAUUCUUAUGUACUUGUACAUGAUAUAUUAUGUAUUUUAUAAAUCUCACAUAAUAAUUACAUCAUGUAUUUUAUAUAAUAUCUUUGCAUGACAUGUAUUUGAUAUAUCUGUACAUGAUAAUUAUAUUAAGUAUUUUGUAAAUUUGUACUUUUAUUAUUUAUGUGUGACAUGAAUUAUAGCAGUUUUUAACUAAUCGCAGAUAUUGAUACCUGCAUUAGAAACAAUGACAGGUUAAGGUAUUGAUAUUUAAAACAUACCGGAGCAUCAUCUUAUCAUUGUGUACAAUUUCUAUAAAUCACUAUAUAUCAUUCAACAUUCGUCACCUUCACUGUUUUUCUUUGUACGAAAUCCCUCUGCGUUAUCUCCACAAAUCAUCACUUUUCGAUGUACGUGCAUCAUAG